AUGCAUGGGAUGCUCUCGCGGGCUGCUGCUAAGCCUGGGAGUCAGCAAGCGUCUUCACCGACAUCGCUGACUAAGGAGUUUGUGCUUCGCGUCGGCUCUGUCGUACAGGUGCUGCCCGGACGACAAUUCCCCUCCUUUUCAUCUGGGGAUGUGGGAGUGGUUAAGCGAGUGGAUGAAGAGGCUCGAACUUGCGACGUGCUGUUUGAUCAUGGGGCCGGUCCAUUGACAGUGGCAAUGCGUCAUCUCAAGCUUCUCCAGGACUUGGCAAUGCAUGCGAUGCCACAUGAGGGCUUGAUCAGGAUGGAGGCCUUGCAGGGCAACACCAGUCCAAAGGCUGCCAGAAAUUUGCCAGCUGACCUUGAGGUGCUUGUGGCUUCGCAGCAGCGGGCUUUGAGCUCUCUCGAGGCCAGACUCUCGGCAUGUGAGGCUGCUUUGAGUGUCGAGGAUGCCCAGAGCAAGCCAGCCAGCAGACUGGUCGCAGCACGGGUGGCCGCACUUGAAGGAGCCCAUCAAGCUGAGGUCAACGAGCUAAGACGUGCUUUGAAUGAAGCUGUCGGUCUUUCACGAGAGCAAGACAACCUUCAUCGAAAGCACCGAACAUCUGGAAGGGAGAUGGAGCAAUUAUUUCAAAGCCUGGAGCAACGUUGCCAAAGUUUGCAAGAUACUGCUCGCAGGUUAGAGAGUGAGUUGUCCGGUUUGACAGCGUCAAUGAGCAGCAGCGAGCGGCGCGCCGCAAAUCUUCAAGACGUCGUAACUUCUUCGAGCACCGGUUUGUCGGAGAUGGCGGCCUUGUUGGAAGCCCAGGAGCGCCGCACAGUGGACCUUGCACAGGCUCUCAGCUCCGCGAGGAAGGAGCUUGUGGAGCUCACAGAGCGCCUCGACCGCUUCGAGACUUCGCGGCACAGUUUUCCCGAGCGCCGUGAUCGAGAGCUGAAAAGCCCAGCUUCGACAAGAGCGAUGGAUUCACAGGAGUCUGAUGCCAUUUGGAAGGCCUUGCGGGAACUCCAGGAGCUCGUGGUCCACGAGUCAGAGCACCGGGCAGCCGGCUUGCGCGAAGUGCUGGGAGUGGUUGGGAAAGAUGCCGAGCAGCUACGAAGCGAGCAGACGCGACAUGAAGCUGAGAUUGAGGGCCGAUGCAAAGCAGAAUCUCUCAAAAUCAAGCACCACAUCGCCGAAUCGCAGGCUCGUGUAGUUGAGCAUGAGAAACAGACCAAUCGUCUCGACAAGCGUAUGGACACUUUGUCUCAGGCUUUUGUGUGGUUGGAGGAGCAGGUCAGAGAUGCAAAUUCUGCAAGCAAAGGCUCCCCCGUGGUCCGAUCUGCAUUGAACACCAGUCCUUCAAGGACCGAUUCCCCAUCAAGGGAGGAAGGACCGAGCCAUGCGGCACUGAAGCGUCUCCAGGCGCUAGAGGCGAGGUUUGACAAGAAGACCUUUCUUCAGGCUGAGUCCCACAACGGCGACCAGCGCGUCGCGUCAAGCGCAACGGAAGAGACAUUGGAGAAGCUUCGCGGGCAGCUCGACGGUUUGCGGGCUGAGCUGAAAGCCCCAGGCGAUUCAGGUGGGCAGACGGAGGUGGCUGGUGCACAUAUAUCUCCCAGGCUGAUGCGACCUGCAGAGGUCCGAGCAGUGUCGCCUGCAAAGCUCCUGCAGGCUGCGCAACCGCCUCGUGUCGUGUACUCGUAUCAAACUGUUGCCUCCACGCCUCCCAUGCAGGCCAAGAGGGUGGCGACAGAUGGCCAAGAGUUCAGCGAGGGCGAUGAUCGGCAACCAAGAAUCAUCUACUCGUAUGGAGCUUCUCUGACCCGGGGCUCUGUGACACCGACCGCGACGGUGGGAAUCGACCUCAACAAGGAUGGCAAAGCUGACGUUCUUGUUUCCGGUACUGACCUGAACAACGACGGGUUGAAAGCGAGCCUGGCAGUUGUGCUAUCUCCGCAGGGCUAUGUUCGACCGACUGACAGCAUUGCAACGUUUGGCCAGCAAGUGAAGCGCUCCAACAUUGCCGAGAGGCAGUUUCUGGCAGCCGACGGCGCCGACGGCCGCACGGUCUUCCAGCGGGAAAGGAACCGGCUGCAGAGAAGUGUUGUGGCAGCAGCAGAUUACCGUGCUGGAAAAAGUGAGUCGGCCACGGACGAUCGUGACUUGGAAGAAAUUGAGCGGGAUGUCGAGGAGGCCAUUCAAAUUGCGGUUGCAGACGGCAAGUUCGACAAUCUAGAAGGGAAGGGAAAGCCGCUGAAAAGCCUCCUUGGCGCCGAGAACCCAUAUCUGGACCCAGCAGAUCGGAUUGGCUAUGGCCUGCUGCAGAAGCACGGCUACGCACCAGAAUGGAUCGAGCAGCAGAAGCGAAUUCACCGUGACGCAGAACACCUGGCCAGGACACUUUCAGAGGCAUGGAGAGCAAGCAGAUUUGAGCCAACAGCGGCCUUUGUCACUCAGAAGGACCGCUUUCGGCGGGAGAUUGCGCACCUCAACAAGAGAGUUCGGGACUACAACUUGAACUGCCCGGCUUCAGCGCAGAUGGUCUUCUUUGAACCUGCCGACGAGGUGCGAAAAGCCAAGCGCGAUGCAGAAAUGCGCCAUGCAAAGGCGCAGCGCUGUUGCAAGCUCACCCCACGGCAUGAGUAG